CCUACUACGCGAACCGCAGGCUCCUCCCGCCCUCCAGCGUCACGGAUUCAAACGGAGGCGAGAAGGAGGAGAGUCGGUGCUGCUCAGUCGGAGCUGAGGCACAGACAGGAGCACACGGCGGAGGACACACACUCACACACAGAGAGAGAGAGAGAGAAGCUGCUGGAUCCGUCACUGGGGCUUUUUUAUCCACUUUUGCAUGAACGUCCCGAGGAUCUAAAGAUGUGGACCGAAGUCGGGAAGCUUGUGCUUUUCCAUUUGCUGCUCACGGAGCUCCACUGCGCUAAAGGAACUCAUACGGAGUCGGAGUGUGAAACCGGACAGUUUCAGUGCAAGAACGGCCGCUGCAUCCCAACCCUGUGGAGAUGUGACGAUGACGACGACUGCUCGGACAACAGCGACGAGGAGAACUGUCCGAAGAAGACGUGUGCAACCACGGACUUCGCCUGCAAGAACGGCCAGUGCGUUCCUGCUAGGUGGCGCUGUGACGGAGAGCCGGAGUGUGCAGACGGGUCGGAUGAGGCUGAUGCAAUCUGCAGCCGACAGACCUGUCCGCCGGAGAAGUUUGAUUGCGGAGGGGCUGCCAGCAAAUGUGUUUCGUUGUCAUGGCGAUGCGAUGGAGAGAGGGACUGUGAGAACGGUGCAGACGAGGAGCAGUGCGCCGCAGAUGCCAAGGCCUGCCCCUCCAAAGAUUUCCAGUGCCGUAACGGAAAGUGUCUGGCGCCGAUCUUCGUGUGCGACGGCGACGAUGACUGUGGGGACGCCAGCGACGAGGAGAAGUGCUCGUCGCCCUCCUGCGGUCAGCACGAGUUCCGUUGCAACGACUCGGAGUGCAUCCCCGCCCUGUGGAGCUGCGACGGCGACCCGGACUGCAAGGACAAGUCGGACGAGUCCAUGGAGCGCUGCAGCCGGCGGACGGAGCCCCAGAAGCCUCGCUGCCCGGUGGGCGAGUUCCAGUGCGGGAGCGGAGAGUGUGUCCACAUGAACUGGAAGUGCGAUGGGGAUGCCGACUGCAAGGACAAAUCAGAUGAAGCAAACUGUCCGCUGCUCACGUGUCGGCCUGAUGAGUUCCAGUGUGGCGACGGCUCCUGUAUCCACGGCACCAAGCAGUGCAACAAAGUUCACGACUGUCCGGACUACAGCGAUGAAGCUGGUUGUGUUAACGUUACCAAGUGUGACGGGCCCAAAAAGUUCCGCUGCAAGAACGGCGAGUGCAUCGACAGCGGCAAGGUGUGCGAUAACGUGAAGGACUGCAAGGACUGGUCCGACGAGCCCGUGAAGGAGUGUGGCUUGGACGAGUGUGCAGACAACAAUGGCGGCUGCUCCCAUGUAUGCAGGGACCGCAGAAUCGGUCACGAGUGUGACUGUCCCUCCGGCUACAAACUCCUGGACAAAAAGACUUGUGGAGACAUAGAUGAAUGUGAGAAUCCAGACGCCUGCAGUCAGAUCUGCAUCAACUACAAAGGAGAUUAUAAGUGUGAGUGCUACGAAGGCUACGAGAUGGACCCUGCCUCCAAGACCUGCAAGGCCGUGGGGAAGAGUCCGUACCUCAUGUUCACCAACCGCCACGAGAUCCGCCGCAUCGACCUGCUGAAGAGCGAAUACACACAAGUGGUUCCCACGCUGAAAAACGCCGUGGCCCUGGAUGUAGACGUUUCCACCAACAAGAUGUUCUGGUGUGAUUUAUAUCAUCGUAAAAUAUACAGUGCUUACAUCAACAAGGCCAGUGACUCGUCGCAGCAGGUGACGCUCAUCGACUCGCUCCAGUCCCCCGAGGGCCUCGCAGUCGACUGGGUCCACAAGAACAUCUACUGGACGGACUCGGGCAACAAGAGCAUCUCCGUUGCCACGGGAGACGGCAGGAAGAGGAAAGUGCUGAUAGCCACCGAGCUGAGCGAGCCGCGGGCCAUAGCGGUGGAUCCGCACCAAGGGUUUAUGUACUGGUCAGACUGGGGAGGUCAGGCCAAAAUUGAGAAGGCCGGGAUGAAUGGAGUGGACCGACAGGUUUUGGUGUCUGAACACAUCGAGUGGCCCAACGGAAUCACCCUGGACUUGUCCAACAGGCGUCUGUACUGGGUGGACUCCAAGCUGCACCUGCUGUCCAGUGUGGACCUGAACGGAGACAACCGCAAGGUCCUGCUGUCCUCCCUUCAGCACCUGGGACACCCGUUCGCCCUCACUGUCUUUGAGGAUCGUAUUUACUGGACAGACUUGGAGGAUGAGGCGAUUUACAGCGCCAACCGACUGACGGGACAUGAUGUCGCCAAGGUGGCGGAGCACCUCAACAACCCCCUGGACCUCGUGGUGUUUCAUGAACAGAGGCAGCCAAAAGCUCCCGACACCUGUAACAUGGGCAGUCUACCCAACGGUGGCUGUGAGUACCUCUGCCUGAAGGCCCCUCAGAUCACGGACCACUCCCCCAAGUACACCUGUGCCUGUCCUGAAGGAAUGGAGCUGGGGCCGGACAUGAGGCGCUGUGCUGUAGUUCGACCCAGAACAACCACGACAGCUGUUCCAACCACAACCCCGACAACAGCUCCCGCCACGACCACGACAACGGGCGCCACAACAACCAGCACAACUGUCACCACCACCACCACCACCCCCACGACAACACCCUCCACAACUCCCCCCACCACAACAAGUACCGCCGGCACCUCCGCGGCCGCCACCACGCACAGGCCCUCGACCAGACGCCCGGCGACAACAGCCUCUCCUCAGAGACCCAGAGCCACGUCGACGGCGCAGGCUCGGACCCCCGCCGCCACGAGCACGGAGACGACCAGCUUCCGCAGCACCAGUCAGACGUCAACGUCCACACGCACGCCUCUGUUAGGCCCCGUGGCCCCCAACAGCAUCCAGAGAGAGAGCAACGGCAACCUCUCCCACAGAGCUGCGAGUGAUCACUACCUCAUAGGUAACAACAUCACAGUCGCCGUUCUGGGGAUAGUCAUUCCGAUCGUCCCUAUCCUUGCCACAGUGGUCAUCGGAUUGCUCUGCACCGGCGGCUACCUGGUCUGGCGCAACUGGCGGCGCAAGAACACCAAAAGCAUGAAUUUCGACAACCCGGUGUACCGCAAAACCACGGAGGACGACGACGACGAGAUCCACAUCGGACGACACAGCGAGUCCAUCGGCCACGUCUACCCAGCACGCGUGGCUCUGAGUCUGGAGGAUGACGGCUAUCCCUGAGGGGUGGGACGCAGCCCGCCCUCCCUCCCGGUCCCCGUCCUGGCCCCAUCCACGGCCCCCUCCUCUCACCACAGCCUCCACACCACUGCAAUGAGGCCAGUCCACCGCAGAGGAGAAAGAGAAGGAGUCCUCACUUUGCCUUUAAGGAGCAGGGAUGACUCGUACACUUCAGAAACGCCCCCCCUCCCCCUCUUCCCGCUGGGGGUAACAUUACUACCACUACUAGCCACUAAACUUUUCCUCUAGUGCUAGUUAUUAGUAGCUUCCGCUCCUCUCCUCUCCUCUCGGCCUCUCGUUAGCAGUAGCGGUGUCUAAAAAUGCUGCUUGAUGAUUUCCUUCAGACUAACCUCAUUCGGCAGUCUCAGUGCACAUUGUAAAUAAGAAGGCUGCUGGCCACUGUACAAGGGGAAAGAAGCCAGCACUGGAUAUUUUUAAUUCCUCAGAUUAUUUAUUUGUAUGCGUUUGCUGUUGUAAAUAUGUUUCUGAGCAUCUCUCUCGGUGCAACAGAGAAAACAGAUUUGUUCCAAGGAGACGCAGUUCGAAGGCAAGGACGUUAUUUUUCUUUUACAUCGCGAGUUGACAGAAGAGCGAAUAUCAUCCCCUCAGAUUCGCCCCUUAACGUACUGUAUGUGAAAUAUAAAUAUAGCCAAGGGGAAAGGAGACAUAAGACAGAUGGGGGUGUUUUGGGGUGAAAGAGUAAAGGAGGAUGUUUCUUCUUUUGUGGAUUUGUGCCACCAGAGGGUCGUGCCUCAAGGCAAAAAAGGCAGCAGGGCAGAAACGGCAAAGGAUUAUGGGUAAUCCUCUCCCCUGAUAUGAGUGCUAUGCGUACAGUUUAUGAAGAACUUGAGAUUGUUUACUCGUUUUGCGAAGCGUGUCAGGAUUCACGACUUUGUUCCUGAAGUUUUGCUCGUGUUUGAAUCUGCUACCGUCGACCUCGUGGAGGUAAAGUUUCAUUUUCAGACAAGAGACCUUUAUGGGACUGUUUUUCAGAUAUGUGCUGAACUCUCCAUCAUGAAUACACAUUGUUUUAAAUAUUCUGCUGAGGCCUGUCCGUGAUUUUCUGAUGUUUUCUGUUGUUUAACGGUUGAAUCUGUGUACAUUUAAACGCGUAGUUGCACACACUGUAUUGGAAUCAUGUAGGAAAUGAAGUACAGGAAAUGAAGUACAGGAAAUGAAGUAUCGGACAUGAAGUUUGAGACGGCGAGGUCAGGGAAUCAGAGGUUUCUACUGCAUCAGGUUUUAUUUUUACUGUUUGAAAUGAAGAAUCAAUUCAUUACAUAUCCCGACUAGAGGGUGAAUACCCGACUAGAGGGUGAAUACCCGACGACCCCCGACAUUCAGGUUCAGGUCGGGUUAGGUCACCUUGUUUGGACUCUCUGAUUUAGUUUUAAGCUGCACAUGCCGGUAAUGGGGGUUUUCAGUCAUUGGGUCGGGUUCAGACCCCAAAACACAGAAUGCCUGGCGGGUUCAGGUUGGAUUUGGUUAAUUAUCUCUCUGGCUUGUUUGGGUUUGGACAUGAAAUCUCUAAUUCUGACACAGAGCAGGAAAAAGCAGAAGUAAUGGAGACAAAGUGAACGUGUGUAUAUUCUGUUAAACUACUGAUAUGAAUAUUAUUAGCAAUAGAUAUCUGCUAAGUGAGUCUGUAUCUUUUCUUGCUGUAUUUAAGCCUCUAAUACGACUACUUUUUUUUUUUCAACCACAGUCAGUUUGAAUCUGAGCGCACUCUAAAUAUCAUCCGGUGUUUCAGUGGCUGCACACCGCUGGCUUCGACGAUUCAGAGCCUGAUAUCUGCCUCAUCUCUCGUCCCCCUUUUUAACAACGUUUGUUUUGUGGGAGA